AAAUGCUUUCUAUCUCCAUUUCAGGCCGUUGAUAUGACACCCUUUGCACAGGAUGAUUGCAAUCAUGAACAAGCUAAAACAUAUAAUAGAGAAAUAUCCAGUAACAAGAGGGAUUCUCACGUAUUCUGUGCUCUUUCCCGCAAGCAACGCAACGCAGCAGCUUCUGGAUCGCAGGAGGGAGCAAUGGAGCGGGCGGGAGGCACUGCGCUUUGGGGUUUUCGGGGCCUUGAUAUUAGCCCCUUCGCUCUAUUGCUGGGUUCGCUUGGCCGGCGUGAUCGUCAGGGGAUCUACCCUCAGGCAUGCUGUAAUUAAGGCAUAUAUCGAACAGUUCACGUGGGCUCCGUUCGCGUACGCAGAAUUCUACUUAUGCAUUAACUUCAUGGAAGGAAAAACAUUGGAUGAGUGUUUACAUGAAUGUCGCUCAAAAAUACCCCCAACAUGGAAGAUUGGUUUUUGUGUGUGGCCUGUGAUUCAGACGGUGAACUUCUGGGUAAUACCUCUGAAGCACCGAGUCUCUUUCGUUGGCUUCUUUUCUUACAUAUGGAAUACUUUUCUUUCAUAUAUGCAUCAUUACAAAAUAGAAAGAAGCGAAGGUAGCAGCUGUGGUGAGAUCUAAUAGAUGAAAUUAAAGAUUUUACCCAAUGUUUGUUAUGAUGUAAAAAUUUGAGUUUUAACAAUGUUUUACUGGUUAAUGCUAAACUAAUCUCAGACUUUGGUAAGAAGAAAAUGUACUAUAUUUUCACUGACUGAAUUAAGAUUAGUUGCAAAAACCAUGGCAUAAACUCAUUAUUUACAUCUUUUGGAAAAAAAUAUCAUUGUCAUAGAUCCCUAAUUUUUGAUAAACCAAAUAUAUAUUGUGACAAUCUUCCAUACCUGUCAGGUUCAUAAACUAGGGUAUAGAUUGAGUAGCAGAGGUAAUUUUUGUGCAGGAAGGGUCACUGCAUCGAUAGAGAUUGAUAUAUUUUAUCAUAGAAACAAGAGUUGUUGAAGUUAUAUGUGGAUAGAGUUUAAGUAUGAGGUAACUAUAUAUAUGUAAAGUGUUGUAUUAAUCAGGGUCUGAUUUUUUUUUCCCCUAGAAAUGUUAGAGAGAGUAAGAUAAGCAGAAAAUUUCCUGCGAAGUGUUGAGUUCAAUUCUAGCCCCCAUUGUCACCCUAAGCAGGUAAUGGUACAUUUCUUAUAAGCUUAAUUCAUCUGCAAAAAUUGUUGAGCAUUUUUUUCUUUUUCUUAGAGUACUUCUUUUACUUCAAAUAUGUGUUUCCAUAUAUUUUCGGGCUCUAGUACUGGUUGUUUUCAUUUUAUAAACAUCAUGCAUGUUAACAGAGAUUUUAUUUAUUGCAUAGUUUAAUAGACAUUAAUGAGAUAUUUUAUUACAGAGUGAAAUACAUAUAUUUUUAAUGAUAUUUAUAUUAUAUUUAACUUACUAGAUAUGUAAAUUGGAGUUGACUAUAUUUAUUGUGAACAUGUAAUUUAUCUAAUGAAAUUUUGGCAUUCAGUGCCAUCAGGUUAGUGAUUUAUUGUGUGAUAAUUGUAUAAUUUUGUUUGUUGUUGAAUUAUGGAGUUGUUGUAUCUAAAUAAAAUUGAUACAAUGUAGGAA